CCGCAGCUAUAAAUAGUGGCAAGCCUCCCUGCUGGAGAAAAAAAAUUCUAUAUCUUCCUCUCUACUAUCAAAGGCUUGUAAUGUUUCUGAUCCAGCCAUUUCUUCUCCUUCUUAAUUCUCCAGUCUCAUCUUUCCGUGCUUCUUUACCCAACAAUUCUUCAAGUUUGAGUCAUAUAUUCUCAGAUUAUAGCCAUUUCUAAGAUUUUGUUUUAGAGGUCUUUUCUCGCUAGCUUUUCACAAGGAAGAGGGAGAUUUUUCAGUACCCUGAUUCCCUUUUUACAUUAUUUUCCUAGUCUUAAAGUUCUCUGCUUUCAUUUAAUACUUCAACAAGAAGAAGAAAGAAAUGGAAGGAAUUCAAGAGAACAAUCCAUAUUUUUCAUUCAGUGAAUGUGCUGAUAUCCGGUCUUCGCUCUCACGACUGAUAUUAACCGGAGGCACCAACACAAUCGACUCAAUUUUCUCUCACUGUCAGCCAACAACACCCACCGUAACCGACCCUGCUUCUGAGUCACUAGGCUCGUCGGUUUAUCUUCGCCACAGAGACAUUCUCCAGAAAUUUUCUGAAGAAAACUUCUCAAAAACAACCAACAUGCUCACGUUUAAUUCGGUAAACAGCCCACUUCAGAACUGGGCAAACAGUACAAGAACCACUUACAUGGCUCCGACAAAGAAGAAGUUAUACAGAGGAGUGAGACAGAGACAUUGGGGCAAAUGGGUAGCUGAAAUUAGACUUCCUCAAAACAGAAUGAGAGUGUGGCUAGGCACAUACGAAACAGCUGAAGCAGCAGCUUAUGCCUAUGAUCGUGCAGCUUACAAGCUUAGAGGGGAAUACGCUAGGUUGAAUUUUCCAAACAUGAAAGAUCCAAGCAAGUUAGGAUUUGUAGACGGUACCAGAUUGAAUGCGUUGAAGAGUUCAGUUGACGCCAAAAUUCAAGCAAUCUGUCAAAGGGUGAAAAAGGAGAGAGCCAAAAAGACCGCCAAGAAAAGCAAUGGCAACCUUGAGGGUAACAGUUCUAGAGCCACUGAGAAGGAAAAAAUAGUGAAAGCAGUUGAUUCGUGUUCAUCUUCUUCAACCAUGUCGCCUUUGAUGAAUUGGGAUGGUGAAUUGGUUUCACCAACUAUUUCUGAAGAUGGGAUUUGGAAGAGUGAUAAUUCUCAGCCAUCUGUUUCCACAGAAUAUCCCGCCAUGGUGGCUGAGGAAUCAGAAUUUGAAGGUUGUUCGUUAGCAAGAUUGCCAUCAUAUGACCCUGAGCUGAUCUGGGAGGUUCUUGCUAAUUAAAAGAGUUUUCACUCUUACUAUUCUCAAUUCCCAAUUUCAAGAAAUAAUUCAAACAAUUAUUAUGCAAUGUGUUAGAGGUGUGAGUGUAAAUUGUAAUUUUGAUCUUGCGAGUAGUUUUAUCUGGCCUUGUUUUUUAUCCAAGGCAAAUCUAUUUUACCAGUUUCAAGCACCAAAAUGUUGUAUUAGAAGCUUUAGGUAAAACUGAAGUCUAGUAAAAAGUAGUUAUGAGUUAUAUUUCGCACCAGUAUUGGAUGGA